UCAGACGAACAGAUUAUAACGGACUACCAUGGAUAUUUAACACGAAGUGAUGAAGUAAAGACGGAAGACCCCAAUGAAAGAAGAUAUAAAUACAUUCGUGCUAAAGGUUAUGACAUAAGCUGUACUGUACAGUAUGACACAGGUAAAGCACCAGAAGCAUUUGGUUAUACCGGUGAAAUUUAUGCCUCUACUUUCUCUGUUAAAGGUGUAUUAGUUGAACCAAGAUUUACUUUGAGAGUUAAGUCAAAAAUAACGUUUGAAGAUGCUAUUAAAAGUAAAGCUGACAAAGAUGAACUUGACGCAAUGAACAAAGUUUUGAAAUCUCAUAAACACAACAUCUCCGAUAUAAAUGAACUUCAAGCUACAUUAGACAGUAAAGCCGACAAGAACCAUACAAACGAAUCCUUCACUACUGUUAGAGCAGACGACAUAAUAUUGAACUAUACCCUUGGUUCAAGUGCACCUUUAGAGAAUCCAAGUACAAGCGUAAAAGAUACACUAAACUCCUUAAAUAACAAAUGUAUGAACAUUGAAGGUCAUGCCAGAAACUUUGAAGCACAUGAACUACCAACAAUGUUAGAUAAUAAAGCUGACAAGAACCAUACACAUAAAUCCUUCACUACUGUUGGUAUAGAAAGUAUUGAAGGAACGGUUGAAGAAACUGGUGGGGAUGCAUUAUAUUGUAAACCUCCUAACUUUCCACAAGGUUUAACAUCGGAUGACGACAUAACGACGAUGAGAAACAUUAGAUGUAAAGAUGUUUAUGUCAUGAAGGAUGAACAUAAUAUUAAAUUCACUGCUCAAGAUUUAUAUGACAAGAAAGCAGACAAAACAGAGCUUCAAACAUUAAAGACAGAAAUACUUCAAACAUUAUAUCCUAUAGGCUCUAUUUAUACGUCAAUGAACUCAACAAAUCCAGCAACAGUUUUAGGUUUUGGUACAUGGCAGCAGAUUGUAGACAAAUUCUUAUACUGUGCUAACUCUUCAAAGCAAACAGGAGGUUCGAAGAAAAUUACUGAAGCAAACCUUCCACCGCACACUCAUACAGGAACUACAAACACAACAGGUAGUCAUUCACAUUCAAUAACAAAAAGAGGUUAUACAAAUCUUGCAGCAGGUUCGGAUAGACAGGGAAUGCAUAGAUAUGAUAUUUCAAGUGACCCAGUAGAUUCAAGCGCAGGUAUUUUCUGUGGAACCGCAGGAAAUCAUUCACAUACUUUCACAACAAAUCCAACAGGCUCGGGUGCAGAUUACAUGCCACCAUUUGUGACUGUAUUCGCAUGGUAUAGAGUUCAAUGA